AAGGGUAUGUCGUCUUUUUUGAUAAAACUCGUUUGAAUUAACAUACUGACAACCGGACAAGUUAUUAUUGCUAUAAUUAUGCAGGUUACAUAAAGUCAAGCUUUGAUUGUAUUCUGUUUCAUGUUUUUAGUUCUAGAAAUACAUCAUUGAGUAAAGACGUGGUUUUAAGCAAUUUUUAAAGAAUUUAGGCAAAGGAGGUUUUAAUAUUUCAUUUGUUCUAUAAGUGUUAAGUUUUGUGAUUAAAAGGAAUUAUAGUGGGAUAAUCACCAUGGGUGCGGCCACCCACCACAUAUACUUCCGCAUCCUGGCCUACGUCACGACUAUAGCUAUGCACAUGACCAACAUGACGGUCAUGAUGGGCUCCUUCCAUGGAGAGCCCAUGAAGAAUUAUUACGUGCGGCACUUCAAUGAGAUGCAGUUCUUCUUCUUCACUUGCUGGACUUUUAUGUUCCAAACGGUACACGCAGCCAUUGGACUCACCAGUGACAUUUUGACAUUAAAGAACUCUAAAAAUGUAAACUACAAACCUCCAAAAAUUUUGGAAAACGUAAGAGAUGGAUUUUUCAGUAUAUUCGUCUGGCCAGCAACAUUGCUGGUUUUCCUGGUCUUCUGGAGCUUCUUCCACUUUGAUCGAAGCCUCCUGUUCCCGAAAGAUAUCGACCUGGUCAUCACAGACACUUCCAACCACAUCAUGCAUACCUACAUAGUGCCUGCGACCCUCUGGGAGGUCAUGUUCAGACCUCAGAAGCCUCCGAGGAACCACACUUGGCAUCUACUGUGUGUGCUGAUGGUGGAAGCCGUUUAUAUUUCUGUGUUACUCUUCGUCCAUGCUACGCGUGGUGUCUGGGUUUACCCCAUAUUUGGAAUCCUGAUGGGAUCCAUAUACUUCCCGCUAUUCUUCGUCUGCGUGGCAGCCAUGUUAGCUGUCAUCUACUACUCGCAAUGGGCCUUUAAUUCCAUGAUAUGGGAGCCGAAGGAAAAGACCAAGAAAGUCUACUGAUAGACUGACAGCCUGACAGAUAAAUCAACAUUUUUGGGAAGGGAUUACCACUCUACAACGUGUAUAAAGCGUCCAGUAUAACUUGGUACGUCGGGAAACAGCGACAAAAUAUCCCUGUCUCUUUUUCACAUAACUAGCUUGUAUACUUUGAUCUCGCUCUAAUAAACUUUUACCUCUUUUGCGAUGUGCCAAGUUAUAUUGGACGCCUUUCUCAGCGGCAACAAUCUUACUUUAAAAGUUGGCUCUGUUCAUCUGGUCACUAUACUAAGAAAGAUGAACAGGAAUAAUAUUUAAGUAAUAGUUAGUUUAAUAGGGAUGAC